GUCUGCAGCAGCGGCCGUGGCGGCGGAGGAGGCUGGAGGGGAGUCGGCAGUGCCGGCGGCGGGAUCGGCAGUAGCAGCAGCAGCAGCAGUCACAGUCAGCAGCAGCCCUGGGUCCCGCAGCGCCUCUCGCCCUGCCGCCUCCCGCACUGCCUGACCCAGCCGGCGAACCCGCCCGCGGCCAGCCCCGCCAGCGCCCUCAGUCGUCCUCCGACUCGCCCUCGGCCUUGCGCGCCAGCCGCAGCCAGAGCCGCAACGCCACCCGCAGUCUGAGUCCCGGCCGUCGGCUCAGCCCCAGCUCGCUCCGCCGCCGCUGCUGCUCGUCCCGGCACCGGCGCCGCACCGACACCCUGGAGGUGGGGAUGCUCCUGUCCAAGAUCAACUCCCUGGCCCACCUGCGCGCCGCGCCCUGCAACGACCUGCACGCCACCAAGCUGGCGCCGGGCAAAGAGAAGGAGCCCCUGGAGUCGCAGUACCAGGUGGGCCCGCUGUUGGGCAGCGGUGGCUUCGGCUCGGUCUACUCUGGCAUCCGCGUCGCCGACAACUUGCCGGUGGCCAUUAAGCACGUGGAGAAGGACCGGAUUUCCGAUUGGGGAGAACUGCCCAAUGGCACCCGAGUGCCCAUGGAAGUGGUCCUGUUGAAGAAGGUGAGCUCGGACUUCUCGGGCGUCAUUAGACUUCUGGACUGGUUCGAGAGGCCCGAUAGUUUCGUGCUGAUCCUGGAGAGGCCCGAACCGGUGCAAGACCUCUUCGACUUUAUCACCGAACGAGGAGCCCUACAGGAGGACCUGGCCCGAGGAUUCUUCUGGCAGGUGCUGGAGGCCGUGCGGCAUUGCCACAACUGCGGGGUUCUCCACCGCGACAUCAAGGACGAGAACAUCUUAAUCGACCUGAGCCGCGGCGAAAUCAAACUCAUCGACUUCGGGUCGGGGGCGCUGCUCAAGGACACAGUCUACACGGACUUUGAUGGGACCCGAGUGUACAGUCCUCCAGAGUGGAUUCGCUACCAUCGCUACCACGGCAGGUCGGCAGCUGUCUGGUCCCUUGGGAUCCUGCUCUAUGACAUGGUCUGCGGAGAUAUUCCGUUUGAGCACGAUGAAGAGAUCAUCAAGGGCCAAGUGUUCUUCAGGCAAACUGUCUCUUCAGAGUGUCAGCACCUUAUUAAAUGGUGCCUGUCCCUGAGACCAUCAGAUCGGCCCUCCUUUGAAGAAAUCCGGAACCAUCCAUGGAUGCAGGGUGACCUCCUGCCCCAGGCAGCUUCUGAGAUCCAUCUGCACAGUCUGUCACCGGGGUCCAGCAAGUAGCAGCCUUUCUGCUGCUGUCUGUCAGACCCUCCAGGGAGGGAGAGCUUGUCUUCUGGCCUCCCAACAGGACCCUGCGUGACGAUGCAGGGACAGCAAUGACAACUCAUUCCAGACUCCAGGUCCCUGGAGGAGCCUCCCACAAGGGAAAGAGACUACUUCACUGGUCCUGGGCCCCUCUUUGCGCGCCCCGCCCCCAGACUCAGCGUCUAGUGUUGCUGGGCUCCCCUGAAUCCAUCCCUGGUUGGGGGUGGGAGUGGAUCAGAGCCCUGUCGAUGGAACUUUAGUCACCAUGGAGACUGGGUCACCAAGAUGGGCCGGGGGGGGGGGGGGGGGGGGGAGAGGAAAACAGUCUGGGGGGUGGGAUAAAAACUAGCACCAUAUUUAAGUCCCUGUCACCUCUUCCAACUCCUGAGUGCCUUCUGUGGGGACUCCGCCUGUGCUGGGAGAAAUACUUGAACUUUACCUCUUACCUGCUGCUUCUCAAACUCUGCCUGGGUUUUGCUUCCUUCCUCUCCUCUCCUUUCCCAUCCCCCACUUCCUAUGAAAGGUGCCAUGGGAGAGGCUACAGGGCCAACUGCUGAGCCACCUGCCCCUUUUCUGUCUCCUUUAGUAAAAUUCCCAAGCAAACUGGUCUUCCUCUUUGGUUUCGACUUAACUGUUUCAAAACCAAGACCUCACACAGAACGCACAACCAAUGCAAAACAAAAAACAAAAAAAACAAAAAAAAAACCAGACAAGCUGUAAAUGUGUGUAUAGUUCCGGCAUGGUAGCCUGCAAAAGGACUGUAGAUGAUAACAAUUUUAAAGAAGAAAAAAAAAAAUGCCUUUAAGUUAUUUUAUGUGUUGGGGGUUUGGUUUGGUUUUUUGUUUUUUUUUUUUUUUUUUUUCUUUUUUAUUCUUUUUUGCUUGUUUUUGAAAGAUGGCACGUUCUAGCCCGGAAGUUUUAAUGUAUUUAUUUAUUUAUUUAUUUGGUUGCCUUCCUGUCCAAGCUUCCACUGACUGUUGCCCCCGGUUUAUUGUCAUGUUCUGCCUUUUUUUUUUCUUUCCUUCCUCCUGACUUGGGGACCUUUUAGGGGAGGGCUGUGACGCUUGCUGGGGUGUUGGGGCUCCGGUGGGACAGCUGCUGUAGCCCCCUUCUCCAGGGGCCCCCUUGGCUGCUUGCUGGAGUGGGUCUAGGGUCUGCUGACUGUACAUAAAACAGUUCCGGUGUGGUGUGCCUUCCGGAUCCUCUCUGGGGCUGUGCUUUGAGCAGCGUGCAGCCCGCUGGUUUUAUCUGAGUAAAGUAUACUGUACAGGGGAAUAAAAGAGAUCUUAUUUUUUUUUUUUAUACUUGGCAUUUUUUGAAUAAAAACCUUUUGUCUUAAA